AUGGCAUCGAUCGCUUCAUCCUCGAACGGGUUCCCAACACCAGCGGAUCCGGUGACGGCGAUAGGAAACGUGAAUACGUUGGAUGAAGUGCAUUACGCCUCCACCGACUUCUACAUUGGCCUCGGUCUUGCCGUCAGCUCUUCGUUAUUCAUCGGAAGUUCGUUUAUUAUCAAAAAGAAGGCGUUAUUGAAGCUGGCGUCGGGUGACACGUCACAGCGAGCAUCAGAAGGCGGUUAUGGAUAUUUGAGAGAAUGGAUGUGGUGGAUGGGUGUUAUUACUAUGGGUGUUGGUGAAGCGUGCAAUUUCGCUGCAUAUGCAUUUGCGCCGGCGUCUCUGGUCACACCGCUUGGCGCGCUUUCUGUCAUUGUUACUGCAAUCCUCUCAUCGCGAAUGCUUAACGAACGUCUGAAUCUUCUCGGCUCCAUCGGAUGUGCUCUUUGUCUUCUAGGAUCUACAGUAAUCGUUAUUCAUUCGCCGAAAGAAGAGGAAGUGGGAUCGAUGGCCGAGUUGGCGCUGAAAAUGAAGGACGCCGGAUUCUUGAUCUACGUAAUACUGGUGAUUCUGGCGACGGGAUUCAUUGUGGUCUAUGUGGCGCCGAGAUAUGGUCAUACGAAUAUUUUGGUGUACAUUUCGGUUUGUUCGCUGAUUGGAUCGCUGUCCGUGCUCUCGGUGAAAGGGUUGGGAUUGGCUAUUAAGGAAACUCUCUCCGGGCAUCAACAAUUCACAAAUUGGCUAACAUAUUUUUGGCUAGCAUCAGUCGCGAUGUGUGUAUCGGUCCAGUUGAUCUAUCUGAACAAAGCGUUGGACAUUUUCAACACCUCAAUGGUCACACCGAUCUAUUACGUCUUCUUCACCACUUUUGUCAUUUUGGCAUCGUCGAUUUUGUACAAAGAAUGGUCGUGCCUGGGCGCGUCGGAUGUGAUUGGAAAUUUUGUUGGAUUCCUGACAACGAUUAUUGGCAUUUUCCAGAUGCAACUAUUCCGAGACGUCAACAUAUCACUGUAUCAAGUUCAAAAGCUGGUCUCCAGGCCGUCCGCCUCGCUGGCCAACGCCGAUUUUUCGUCAUCGUCGACGAAUCUGGUCGAUGAUUACUGUAUGCGACAAUCGAACAGUAACCGACGAAUGGUGUAUACUUAA